UUACUUUCUGAACACAUUUUCUUACUGUAAGAAAACUAAAAGAAUUGGCUGAAAGACAGGAAAACAGAAAGCUGUAAGCCAAGGUUGCUGUAUUUAGCCAGAGAAGUGAAGAAGAUGAGUAAUGUCAAGCCCCCUUCUGUAAAGCUGAAUGAUGGCCACCUCAUGCCUGUGCUGGGAUUGGGCACAUCUGCUGCUCUGAAGGAUGCUACAAAUAAGGUAGAAGAAGCUGUUGCAGUAGCCAUUGAUAUAGGUUACCGGCAUAUUGAUUCAGCUUAUUUAUAUCAAAAUGAAGAAGAGAUCGGACGAUCCCUCCAGAAGAAGAUUUCCAGUGGCAGUGUAAAGAGAAGCGAUAUAUUCUAUACUUCAAAGGUGUGGAGCACUUUUUUACAGCCAGAAUUGGUCCAAACAUGCCUGAAAGCAUCACUGAAGAAGCUUCAGCUGACUUAUGUGGAUCUUUAUCUCAUUCAUUUCCCAGUACCUUUGAAGCCUGGAGAGGAGUUUUUCCCAAAGGACUCACAUAGCAACCUCAUUUUUGAUACAGUGGACCUCUGUAGCACAUGGGAGGCCAUGGAGAAGUGUAAGGAUGCAGGACUGGCCAAGUCCAUCGGGGUGUCCAACUUCAACCGCAGGCAGCUGGAGAAGAUCCUGAACAAGCCGGGCCUCAAGUACAAGCCUGUCUGCAACCAGGUGGAAUGUCACCCUUACCUCAACCAGAGCGAACUACUGGAAUUCUGCAAAUCCAAAGACAUUGUCAUGAUUGGAUAUGCUGUCUUGGGGUCCAACUCAGGCAAGGAAUGGUUGAACAAGGACAACCCAGUUCUUCUGGAGGACCCAGUACUCGUGGCCCUUGCUCAGAAGCACCAGCGCACUCCAGCCCAGGUUGCUCUGCGCUACCAGUUGCAGCGGGGAGUGGUGGCUCUGGCCAAAAGCUUCAAUAAAGAGCGACUCCAGGAGAACUUCCAGGUUUUUGACUUCCAGUUGACACCAGAGGAUAUGAAAGCUCUAGAUGGCCUAAACAGAAAUAUUCGCUAUUUUCCCGAUUCUCAGUUUUGUCAUCACCCAGAUUCCCCUUUUUAGAAGAACUUUAACAACAGACUCUGUGGUUGCUUCAGUGGUCUUUGAUUUUGGUUGAUGAAUCGAGAACACAUCAAGAAUGAGGAAGUAAUGACAAGAAUUUUGGAAUGAUCAUGUUGCUAUAAUUAGAAGAAAAUUGUUAAGUUUUUCUAAAAUUUGAACAUUAAUACAUUUAUGUGAAAACAGAAUCUCAUUCCCUAUGCUCAAAGCAACAAAGGUUUCUUGAGCUAUUGAUCUUCCUUUAAUAAAAAUUUGAAAAUGUUCACUUCCAAAAUGUGUUUCCAUUUAAUUGGUGAAUAUCUCCAUCAACUUCUUAGUUAGCUCCUCUUGGGUUUUCUGUUCUUCCCCAUCUAAUGGCUAUUGGGGCCUGAUGCUACAAAUAUUUGUCUUAGAAUUUACAGAUUCUAAAUAAAAUGUUCAUAAGUAAAAUCUCAAA